AUGCUUAUUUUAGUACCAUGUCACACCCUAUCACCACGCCCAUGUCACACCCUUCACCACGCCCGUGUCACACCCUUCACCACGCCCAUGUCACACCCCAUCACCACGCCCAUGUCACACCACAUCACCACGCCCAUGUCACACCCCAUCACCACGCCCAUGUCACACCACAUCACCACGCCCAUGUCACACCACAUCACCACGCCCAUGUUACACCCACGCCCAUCCACACUGACGUUCGGUCCUGCAUCCAUGUCAGACACACGUCAACUCAAAUGUAAUCCACGGCCAUAUCCAACACCCACCUGCCAUCCAAGCCCAGCCCAUCUGCCAUCCAAGCCCGACCCACCUGCCAUCCAAGCCCAGCCCAUCUGCCAUCCAAGCCCGACCCACCUGCCAUCCAAGCCCGACCCACCUGCCAUCCAAGCCCGACCCACCUGCCAUCCAAGCCCGACCCACCUGCCAUCCAAGCCCGCCCACCUGCCAUCCAAGCCCGCCCACCUGCCAUCCAAGCCCGACCCACCUGCCAUCCAAGCCCGACCCACCUGCCAUCCAGGCCCGACCCACCUGCCAUCCAAGCUCGCCCACCUGCCAUCCAAGCCCGACCCACCUGCCAUCCAAGCCCGACCCACCUGCCAUCCAAGCCCGACCCACCUGCCAUCCAAGCCCGCCCACCUGCCAUCCAAGCCCGACCCACCUGCCAUCCAAGCCCGACCCACCUGCCAUCCAAGCCCGACCCACCUGCCAUCCAAGCCCGACCCACCUGCCAUCCAAGCCCGCCCACCUGCCAUCCAAGCCCGACCCACCUGCCAUCCAAGCCCGACCCACCUGCCAUCCAAGCCCGCCCACCUGCCAUCCAAGCGUUACACCCACACGAUGCACCUCUCACUUUACACUAAUGAAACCUUUUAA